AUGGGGCUUCAGGAGGGAUUGGGAAUUUGGGGGCAGGGCAAGGAGAGACAGGGGCUACCACUGAAUUCUGGCAGUUUACAGUGGAUUUUGGAUAAACAAGAUCUGUUGAAAGAACGCCAGAAGGACUUGAAAUUUCUAGCAGAAGAAGAAUAUUGGAAACUUCAGAUAUUUUUUACUAAUGUUAUCCAGGCUUUAGGUGAACAUCUUAAAUUAAGACAACAAGUUAUUGCCACUGCCACUGUCUACUUCAAGAGAUUCUAUGCCAGAUACUCCCUAAAAAGUAUAGAUCCAGUAUUAAUGGCUCCUACAUGUGUAUUUUUGGCAUCCAAAGUAGAGGAAUUUGGUGUGGUUUCAAACACAAGGUUGAUUUCUGCUGCUACUUCUGUAUUGAAAACUAGGUUUUCAUAUGCCUUUCCGAAGGAGUUUCCUUAUAGGAUGAAUCAUAUACUAGAAUGUGAAUUCUAUCUCUUAGAACUAAUGGAUUGCUGUUUGAUAGUGUAUCAUCCUUAUAGACCUUUGCUCCAAUAUGUGCAAGAUAUGGGCCAAGAAGACAUGCUGCUACCCCUCGCAUGGAGGAUAGUGAAUGACACGUAUAGAACAGAUCUUUGUCUGCUGUACCCUCCUUUCAUGAUAGCUCUAGCUUGCCUCCAUGUGGCCUGUGUUGUCCAGCAAAAGGAUGCAAGGCAGUGGUUUGCUGAGCUCUCUGUUGAUAUGGAGAAGAUUUUAGAAAUAAUCAGGGUUAUACUAAAACUGUAUGAACAGUGGAAGAAUUUUGAUGAGAGGAAAGAAAUGGCUACUAUUCUUAAUAAGAUGCCUAAACCAAAACCACCUCCAAACAGUGAAGGCGAACAGGGUCCAAAUGGAAGUCAGAACUCUAGCUAUAGCCAGUCUUAAGACAUUCCAAAGAAUUUUAUUAUGGACCACAUUGGAUCAAGACAUAUUGGGAUCUUUCCUGCGUUCAUGAAGUGGACAGAAGGUUUCAAUAACAUCUUUAACAAAGAAGCUUGAAGAAUGAAUAGCUUGUUUCUGUCAAGCAUAUUGAAAACUUUUCCUUUAAAGAUUGCGUCAUCCCUUUGAAGCCAGAGCAGAUAUAUUAAGAUUUCUUAAUUUAAGGAAUAAAACUCUGAACAGAGCUGCAAAACAUUAAUGCUAUUCAUUUCAAUAUGACUAGUUUUAAUUAUUGGUUUUGUUUGCUUUGUGAAAAAUAUAGCUUCCCAUUAAAGUGACGUGUUUUUUUUAAAGCUACAGUAACAUGAAGCCUGAGUGUAACUGUAUUAAGGACCCCAUGUCCUUUUCGUUGUGUAUGUCACUGAAGGAUGGCAUGCUAUAUACUAAUUUUUUUCAUUACGUAGUUUGUUUUAUAGGUAAUGGGUACUGCAAAAAGCAAAAGUGUUAUCCUUCAGAAACAACUGACAGAAGUCUGCACAGAAUGUUACUUGUUUUAGUGAAAACAGGAGAGCAAUUAAAUUCCUCUUCUAGACUAAAGAGAUGCCGUUUUAAUCAGUACAUGUAGCUUGGACAUUUUUGCAAUGAAACUUAGUAGCCCAGCUUACCAGAAAAGUGCAAUAUGUAUAGUGUACAUUGUGGACAUUUGGGGGAUAAAAAGUUUUCUUAACCAUUUCAAAUAUUAGGACAUUUUUUAAAGUACUUACAUGAAUGAUUUGCAAGUAAAUGUACUGUACAAUCCAAUUAAGUAUUUUAAAAGCAAAGAAUCAAAAUCAAAUCUACAUAAGACUAUUUUUAUUGUAGGGGGUUUUUUUGUACAAAAGGUAUACACUGUUAGUCUGCCUUCACUGUUAGUGUAAAUUUGUAUGAUUCAUUAGAAAGUUUGUGGUUUUGUUUUUGAGAGGAACAAGCUUGCAGUGAGCUUCAUGCUGGUGGUGUGUUUUAUGUUUAUAUUUUGUUUUACUGCAGUGGGAUUCUUUGGUUACCUGUUUGCUGGAGAGUUUCCUUCAUCAAAGGGCCAUAUCUUGCAUUCCUUACUCAGGCAGAAUGCCCACUUAAGUCAGGACUUGGCUGAAAGAUUUUAGACUUACAGGUUUAUUGAUUUUUAAGGGUUUUUUUCCCCCAAAGAAUUUAUGUACAAUUUCAUUAUCAAAUAAAAAUGCCAAUUUGCCCGAGUAUGAAAUUGAACAAUAAAUGGAAGUCCAGGAA